AAUGCCACAAUGCUAAAUAUUGCGAAAAAGAAAGUAGGCCUAGUAAAGGCAGUUGUUGAGGUUGUUUUGUAUGUAAUGUGAAUAUCGUGUAGGUAUCGGGGUCUUGAACCGGAUCUUCUUUAAAAAGAACAUGUAUACUUACUGUUAAGUGUGUGGGACAUUUCUUCGAGCUUCAAAUAGAUAUUUUGUUUGACUAUGAUGCACCAGAAUUGAAAUGCUUCACCAGAGGAAUAUUGGCUUUGUAUAUUGUGUGGUGAAGAAGAAAAGAAAGACAGUUCUAUAAUGCACGAAACUUCAGCUUUCAGAAUGAUGAUACGCUGGAAAAACCCUUUCCAUUCUACAACUCGAGCAAAAUUAUGUGGGCCUGUGAUCUUCCUGAUUGCGAUGAUCCUAAUUUACAGAUGUUUUCAUCAAGAAAAGGACACAACAAACUUAAUUUCAGGCUUUUUGAACACCAGUCAUUCAGGAUUUUUGGAGAAUGUGAAGAAAUUUCUUCUAAAUAUAAAGGAGAGAGACAAAAAAUAUCUCGUGAAUGAGAAAUCUUACCUAGAGGAAAAGGCCAGAAAAUUAAGAAUUCUGUGUUACACAAUGACUAUACCAUCCAAUAUGCAGACGAAGGCGGUGGCUGUGAACAACACAUGGGGUACACGAUGUACAAAACUAGUUUUUGUGACACAAAAACCUAGUUCUUCCUUUGACACUAUGCAAGUGGAUGUUCAAGAGGGAAGAAGCUACCUCACGGACAAAACUGUGAAGACUCUCAUAGCGCUGUAUAAAACUUAUAGAAAUGACUAUGAUUGGUUCUUUAAAUGUGACGAUGAUGUAUAUAUCAUCAUGGAAAAUUUACGUCAUCUUUUAGCUAAGCAUGAUUCACACAUACCAGUUUAUCUGGGCCACCAGUUUAGACUGUUCACAACUCAGGGAUAUUUGUCGGGAGGUGCUGGCUAUGCCAUGAACAGGAGAGCCCUAGAGAAGAUCAACGAGGACGGUUUUCAGGUGUCAGGGAAAUGUGACAUCUCGGGAAAGGAUGAAGAUUUAGAUAUUGGCCAUUGUUUUGAAAAGUUGGGAGUAAAAGUGUACUCCACCAUUGAUUCUCAUAAACGACAGUCUUUUCACCCAUUUGGCUUUCAGAGGGCUUUCUAUGGACAUGUUGGAGGGGAGAUGUUCUAUGUCUCCAGGCCAUAUAAAACGGGCCCAGAGUGUUGUAGCGAGUUCACAGUUUCCUUUCACUAUGUGACCCCAGAAGAUAUGUAUCUGAUGGAGUUCUUAUUAUAUCAUGCACGAAUUUUCGGUCGACAUUCAACAGCUAAGGGCAAAGAGAUCUUCACCACCCAAGAGGCUGUUAUCUCCGACAAGGCUCCAAACGAAGUGCUGCUCAGUCCCAAGUACAUCUGGCAUUACCUGUUCAGAUACUCAAGAUUUGAAUGAAUAAUCUUCAAACUGUUUGCUCCAAAAGUAAUGAUAUUAUUGAUUGUAUGUGUUGUUCAAUCCCUUGUAAAGGGACGGUGUUCAGUAAAGAUAAGAUGUAUCUCAGUAUCUAUAGGAAGGCGGGGGAAAACACUGGUGAAAUUGGUGGUGUGUAGACAUGUGUAUGAAUUCUUGAUUUGCACCAAAUGAAAUUAAGAUGCACAUAGACCCAUUUUGACGGAAUUGUAAGACAAAUCCAAUUUCUAAAAAAGGGAUUAUGUCAAAUUCUUUAGUUUGGUGCAUCCAUCUGACGUCAGUUUUCAUAUAUUUCAAGAUUCACCCACAGUGCUCCUCUCCUGUGACCUUUUAACCUGUAUGGAUGGGAGAAAAUCUAGAGUUACUCCGCUUUUUAAAUCUGGGGAUAAUUUCUAUGUUGAUAAUUAUAGACCUUAGACCUGUAUCUGUUUUACUUAUCAUAAGCAAAAUUAUGAAAAGACAUGUCUUUAACUCUUUUUACAAAUAUUGGAAUGCAAAUAAGUUUUUAACAAAACAUCAAUCAAGUUUCAGACUAAAACCAUUUAUGCAAAACUGCUCUACAUGAUAUCAUUGACAAAUUUCUUGAAAACAUUGGUAAAGGGAAACUUACAGGUGUACUUUUUAUUGAUCUAACCAAAGCAUUUGACAGUCAAACACGAUGUAUGGAUGACCAAACCUGUAUCUUUUGUGAAAAAAUGAUUUUUUUAAAAUUUGUAAUGGGGUGCAUUAGAAGCUUGCAUUAAUCACAAUGGUUGUUUUAACCCUGAAACAAAGUUACUUGACUUCAGCCAGUCACGUUUGCUGGACAUGUGAUACUAUUAAUAAUGUUUGAAUUGCUUUUAUUGCAUUAUUUGACAUGGUAUGGUUUUUAUUUCACCAUGAUUGUUUUUAUGAAUGUGUUUUUGAUCUCUGAUUGUGUAAUCUCACAGAUUAAGGUACAGGUAUGCUGUAUAGAAACAAUUUAUAUAAAUAUUUCUUUUCGCAUUUCUCAAAAGAAAUACCCGCCGUAAAAUGGCGUUAAACCCCAAUCAAUCAAUCAAAAGAAAUAUCAUGAUCUCUGUACCCAAAGACUAUCAAACAAAGUUAAAACUUCUACAUUACAUGUACCUAUAAAGUUUGAUGUUUUAGGAGAUGGUCAUUUUUUAAAUGAUGUUUUGAACUGAAAACUAGCUAAUGCAAGUUAUUUUUAUAUUCUGUUUUGUUUUUCUUCGGAUCCUACAUACAUUUUACUCAGAAGUCAAUUUACUCCCAAAUGAAUUGAAGUCCGCAUUACAUCUAAGAUUAAUAAUUUAGAUAUCGGUUUAUAUUCAAUGUGUGUAUUCUGCAUGUAUUGUGUGAUAUGUCAAUAAUUUUAUUAUUUAUUGUUUAUGAUAUAUUAAAGGAGACAGACAUUAAAAUAAAAUACGUUGGAAUAUUUUUGUAAAA